CUUGCUAACUGCUAGUUUUCUACAGGCAGUUUUACUGCCAGGCUAGUGUGCUUGGUCAGGGCUGUCAUAUAUUAUCCGAAAGGAGCUGGUGUGGGUGCAUGCUUUUGUUUAGCUCAACACUGAGACGCCUGAGUCUACUUAUCAAUGUCUUGACCAGCCCGUGAGUAGUUGAUUAGUUGAGUGAGGUGUCAAUGAUGCGCCAAAACAAAAACAAUCAAAGAAAUGUAUGUAAGCAAGGAGGUAUAAGUGGAGAAGUUUGUCAAGAGAAAAUCAUUUCCAAGGUCAGCAUGUUUUACACCAAGCUUUUCACGUCAAAGCGUGGGCCGCUCGCUAAGAUUUGGCUUGCGGCUCACUGGGAGAAAAAGAUAACGAAAGCGCAUGUAUUCGAGUGCAACCUGGAGAACACUAUCAAAGAACUAAUAUCGCCACAGAUUAAAAUUGGACUGCGGACCUCUGGUCACCUGUUGCUGGGCGUGGUGCGGAUCUACUCCCGAAAAGCCAAAUACCUCUUGGCCGACUGCAACGAUGCAGUCAUCAAAAUCAAAGUGGCCUUUCGUCCAGGUCAGACGGAUCUUCCCAGUGAGAAUCUGGAGGCCACCUUCAAGGUUAUCACCCUGCCCGAGGACUUCGCUGAUUUCAGCUCCCAACUCCCGGACAUCAAUGCCAUCGAAGUGGCCGACCACUUCUCCCUGAACCAGUGCAGGACGGAGGACAUCACUCUCAAAGAGGACUUGGGAAACAGCUUCCUCCUGCUGCAGUCAGACUUCGGGGAGGAGUCUCACCAGCAGGGUGGGUUGUUUGAUGUGAGUUUCCCCAGUCUGGCUGCUCCCGGCGAUGGCUUUGGGGAUGAGGAGCUCGGUGUGGACUUCUUGGAUUUUAUGGCGCAUUCUACUGAAGAUGUGAUGCCAAUCAACUUUUCUCCUGACCAUGCGGAGAGGGAGAUGCCAGAAACUCCACCUCCAACAGCCGUCAGCCUGGCUCAUCCCGACACCCCCAGCCCCACCCUUCGGCCCCAGUCCAAGGCCUCCUCGCCGGACCAGACCACCCUGCUGGCGAACGAGGAGGAAGGCUUCGCCCUAGAGCCCGUCUCUGAAACGCCACACCUUUCCUCAGUCUCCUCAGACAGGAAGAGGGUGAAGAGGAAGAGGACGCUGCUGGUGGACAGAGUGAAGGAGCUGUCAAACGAGGAGAUCCGAGACCAGCUCACGGACACAUCCGACCUGCUGUGUCCCAUGGAUAUGGCUCCGCCCACUCGCAAGCUCAUGGAGUGGAAGGAGAUGGGGAGCGUGCACAAGCUCUUCCACAGCUACUGUGUGCCAGCCAUGCACCCGCACCUGAGACAGCUGUUCCCCAGGGACUUGUUGCCUGAGCGAUUGGGGGCGGACCAGGAUGCGGAUGGGGGUGGCCCGGAGCAGAUGAGAAGCCGACAAAGACAGACUGCAGAGGGGAGCAGUCUGGGGUUUGAGUUUGGGGGGGACUCGAGCCUCCUGCAGGAAUCUCAGGACCGGAGCUCCACAGGGCACAGCCUCCACGGGACCCCGCUGCGAACCACGGCCAGCAGCCGGCACUCCGCCCCCGCCCCCGCCAGGGAACAUCAAGCUGAACUGAAGGAGGUCUCCCUCCCAGACCUGUCCUUUGAGGACUCCAUGCGUGUUCAUCCUCCUGAGCUGGAGAGGGAACCUCCACAGACCCAAACCCAGACUCAGUCUGUGCUGGCCAGUCAGGAUUUUGAAGAGAAGAGGAUGAGCAGCCGGGCACAGGGCCUCCUGCACUUCCUUAGAAGCCAGAGCUGCAGUGGGGGCGCUGCUGUGUUCAGCCUGCUAGAGCUGAACAGGGAGUGUAGCCGCAUGCAGGCCUCUGCCACCUUCUUCAGCUUCCUGCUGCUGAAGAAGCAGAAAGCCCUGGAGCUGCACCAGGACCUGCCCUAUGACGACAUUGUUGCCUCUCCUGGGCCCACAUUCCACCAGCUUUAGACUUUAGUAUUGCUUUAUUAAAAGCAAUAUAUAUAUAUAUAUAUGUUUAUGUAUUUAUUAUGUCUGCUUUCACCUGGGAGCAGUGUUCUGUUUUUGAACAUUUUUAACAUGUUGAGGAUUCAGUCGGUGUUGAGGGCUUGCAGGUUUGCUUCCUGUACGGGCUUUGGUGCCCCUCCCCCCUUUCCUUGUUUUGCAUUGCGUGGAAAGGCAUGUGGCCUCCAGGCAAACGCUGAAACGUUCAUGUGACGUUGCUGUGACCUGGAAGAAACGUUAGAUUGGCUGCUUUCACCUGGAUCAAUAAGCCUAAAACCUGUUCUGUCAGUCUGAAACAUGGGCACUAACACGUUACACGUAAAAAGCACUUUCUGUCCCACUUUCCAAUAUCCAGUGUGUUGAGCUUGAGGGAACUUUUUUUGCUAAAUUAUAAUAAUUCUGUGAAUAACUGGGGGGGGGGGGGAUCUUGUUUGAAAAACAUUUUUAUACCCAAUUAACUUUUAUGUAAAACAUGUACAUUUACUGUUGGGAUGGUUAAUGUUCAGUUGAGGUUUGAAGUUUGAAUUUACCAUUCUUUGUACAGGGUAUUUUUGCCCUUUAUUUCUUGUAUUUCAUGCCCCAGUUUUUGUGUCUGUGUGUGAUGUCAUCCAGCAGCCAUACCACCAUGUCCCCUGGUCCUGCCAAAUGACUGACACUAAGCAGGUUUAGGGCUUGGUUAGUAUACUUGCUUUUUAAAAAGGAAGAUUUGGGAGAGAAAUUUUCUCAUAAUCCCUCAGGUUGUUUCCUUAAACCUGCUAAACUGGUCUUCCCUACAUGUGUAAAAUGCCAACCACCUUUACGCCUUCUGUGUUAACUGUUUCCAGCAUCCCUCUACGUCCAGCUCAUGUUUUAUUUAGUUUUUUAUUUGGCUCCUUUCCUCGUAUCAUUAACGUUCAGGGAGGUCAAUAAUCUCAUCCUAUGGCCAGGUGCGACUCCAAGCCCCGGAUCACAUGUUCCUAUUCACAAUGUACAGCAUACCUCAAUAAAUCUCCUUACCUUGCA